AUGUCUACCGAAGUCUUUGUCCACCCAACGUGCUCCUACAUGCGUUCUAUCCAAGACGGCGACACCAUUCUAGAAGAGGCCAACUCUGAAUUUCUAUCCACUUUUUCAAUCAAUGAAUGGCUUCAAAAGAGUCCUCGUGCCAAAGCAACACUUGUCAUGUUUGAUGAUGAUACAAGCAUCGAACUGCCUGUCUACGCUCUUCGUCGUAGAAAUGCUAUCGUAGCCGAUUUACCUGAUUCUCCACUUUUCUAUCAAAAGUAA